CUGCCCCAAAACGCUUUAUUGACACCACACUAAACCCUCGAUUAACUCCACCCCUAAAAGAAAAGCUGUGACAACACAGAAAAAAAUUAAGGAAAAAAAAUAAUUAGAAAAAUCCGAGCGGCGGAGCGGCGGCGCAAAUAAUCACCACCACCAAGUACUCCUCGUGAAGCAUGAGCUAGCAGGGAGGCAAAAUAAAGAAAUCGAAAACCCGCAUGAUUUUUUCAUUCCGGGGCAAAAAUGGCAGAAGCAGAAGAUGCAGCGCCGGCGGAAGCAGUGGCCGCAGACGGUGAUUCUUCGCUUCUCUCUAAUUCCUCCGAAGACAAGGACGGAAAUGUCAAGGAUUUGUGUUUGCAGAGGGAUUCGAACGCAGAGGAUUCUCACGUCGAGAUGAUUAGCAACAAAAAUGCGGAAGCCAAUGCCGAGGAUUUCUGUUUGCAGGGGGGUUCAAAUGGGGAGGCUUCUCAUGUUGAUUUGAUUAACAACAGUGCAGAGGCCAAUUUAAACCCUGUUUCUUCUUCCGUGUCUUCCCAGCCCGAAGGGGACUCGAACCCGGAACCUCCGCAGCCCCUCAAUAUUGAAGCUAAUUUGAACCCCGUAUCUUCCUUGCUAAUUUCCCCUCCUUUUGAGGGGGAUGGUAGUGAUACACUUACUUGCUCUCCUCGGGCUGGGGAUGACAAUUGCCCUCCCCAGCAGGAUGACAAUUGCAACCCUGUUUGUUCCUCCUCGCUGAUUCCCCCUUCCGAAGAGGACAAUCACAAUCCCCCGUCCUCCUCGCUCAUUACCCCUUCUGAAGAGGACAAUCACGGUCCCCCUUCCUCCUCACUAUUUACCCCUUCCGAAGAGGACAAUCACAAUCUCCUUUCCUCCUCGCUGAUUCCCCCUUCCGAAGAGGACAAUCACAACCCCCUUUCCUCCUCCCUGCUGAUUCCUCCUUCUGAAGAGGACAAUCACAACCCCCUUUCCUCCUCCCCGCUGAUUCCUCCUUCCGAAGAGGACAAUCAUAACUCCCUUUCCCCUUCGCUGCUUCCCCCUUCUGAAGAGCACAAUCAUAACACCAUGUCACCUGCGCUGCUUCCUCCUCCGGAGCGUGUUUCGAACGGGGGAGCGCCCAAGCCUGAGGAUGCUGGAUGUACAGCCACAGCUGCACCACAGAAGAGGAAGAGAAAGCGGAAGCGCAAGGAAGCGGAGGCGGCUGCAGCGGCGGCGGCGCAGCAUAUGUUGUCAAGCGGAAGUAGCAGCAGCAUUCGCUGCGCGCUCAGGCAGGGCGCCCGGAGUGGGUCCGGGACAUAUGACGAGACACUCGUUGAUGAGCUCCUCCAGAAGCAGCUCGGCGAUAGUAGCAAGAAGAAGAGGAUAUUUGAUAUGGCCAAGGAGGUUGACACCGAGGCCAUGAUUGCUUACUCCGUUGGAUUCCCGCCGGAUGCCCUUACGGAGGAGGAAAUCGAGGCUGGUGUGGUUAGCUCUGUGGGAGGGGAUGAGCAGGCCAAUUAUAUCAUUGUUCGCAAUCACAUUGUUUCUCUGUGGCGUGAGAAGGUGACCGUCUGGCUCGAUCCCUCUCACGCCAUGGAAUCCAUAAGGUCCCAGCAUAAGGGCCUUGUGAAUUCUGCUUAUAGCUUCUUGCUCAGCCAUGGGUAUAUCAAUUUUGGAGUUGCUCCAGCAAUUAAAGAUGCCCCGCUUACUGCGUUUGCAUCUGCACCAGGUGGGGGUGCAAAUGUGGUUAUUAUAGGCGCAGGGCUUGCAGGUCUCGCUGCUGCUCAGCAUCUGUUGGCACGGGGCUUUAAAGUUAUAAUCCUUGAAGCUCGCAGGCGACCUGGUGGUCGAGUUUUCAGCAAGAAAAUGGCAGCCCAAGUCCCCGGUGAUAUGGUACAGGCUACAGCAGACCUGGGAGGAAGCGUCAUUACAGGCAUUCAUGGAAAUCCUCUGGGGGUUUUGGCCAGACAAUUGGGCUUUCCCCUGCACAAGGUUCGUGACAAGUGUCCGCUUUAUCAGCCAGAUGGGCGCCCGGUGGAUGCAUAUGUGGAUGCCAAGGUGGAGGAAGCCUUCAAUCGCCUUCUUGACCAGGCAUGCCAGCUUAGGCAGGACAUGGAUGAGGUUACUGUGGAUGUAUCUUUGGGCACUGCUCUGGAGACCUUCAGGCAUUUUUAUGGGGUUGCUGAAAAGGCAGAGGAAAGGAAGUUGCUUGACUGGCACCUUGCCAACCUGGAAUAUGCCAAUGCAGCAUUGCUUUCCAAGCUGUCGUUAGCCUUUUGGGAUCAAGAUGAUCCCUACGAGAUGGGUGGUGAUCACUGUUUUCUACCAGGCGGCAAUGGGCGUUUUAUACAGGCACUGGCAGAUGGGUUACCUAUCAUCUAUGACAAGAGUGUGCAAGCUAUCAGAUAUGGUUCCGAUGGCGUUCAGGUGUUGGCUGGGGGACAGGUUUUUCAAGGUGACAUGGUCCUCUGUACUGCACCUCUGGGGGUCUUGAAGGCCGGGGUGAUUAAGUUUGUGCCGGAGUUGCCGCAGAGAAAGAUUGAGGCGAUAGAGAGGCUGGGAUUUGGGCUGCUGAACAAGGUGGCCAUGUUGUUUCCUACUGUGUUUUGGGGUACCGACAUUGAUACUUUUGGGCAUUUAUGUGAUGAGAGUAGCAGAAGAGGGGAGUAUUUUCUGUUUUAUAGUUAUGCUUCCGUGUCAGGGGGACCUCUUCUGAUUGCACUUGUAGCAGGGGAAGCUGCUAUCGAUUUUGAGAGCACUCCUCCCAUUGAUGCUGUUGAGAGGAUCCUUCAAAUUCUGAGGGGUAUUUAUGGGCCAAGAGGUGUGCAAGUCCCUGAUCCUCUCCAAACAGUGUUCACGAGAUGGGGUAGUGAUCCCUUCAGUCUUGGUUCCUAUUCACAUGUUGCAGUCGGGGCAUCUGGUGAUGACUAUGAUAUAUUAGCAGAGAGCGUGGGAGAUGGUAGGGUUUUUUUUGCAGGAGAGGCCACCAAUAGGCGUUACCCUGCAACAAUGCAUGGUGCAUUCUUGAGUGGCUUGAGGGAGGCAGCAAACAUUUCUAGAGUUGCUAGCAGCAGGUCAUUGCAGCAUAAGGUAGAUAGGUGUCUGGUUAAAGAUAACGGCAAUUCAGAUGGGGCUCUCCUUGCCGAUUUGUUUAAGGAGCCUGAUUUAACAUUUGGUGGAUUUUCUGUUCUCUUUGAUCCACAGUCAUCUGACCUCAAUUCUAGGUCACUGUUGCGAGUUUUAGUUGGGGGAAAUAGGAGGAAAGGAGAAGAAAAAGAUGUUCAAUCAGAACAAGAACGACAACAACAACAAUCUAAGUUGAUGGUUGGACAGGUUCAGACGCUAUCAAAGCAAGCACAACCACAACAGCUUCAAUUAUACAGUUUGUUAACAAGACAGCAGGCACUUGAGCUGCAUGUAGUCAGGGGAGGAGACGAAGACAGGUUGAGGUAUUUGUGUGAGAAAUUAGGAGCAAGGCUAGUAGGCAGAAAAGGGUUGGGUGGCUUGGGAGAUGCCCUUAUUUUUUCUCUCAAGUGUGCAAGAUCUUCUCAAAACAAUGUUUGCACUACUCCUGUCCCAUUAAAUUUUGGUAACCAAGGUACCCAAGCAUGAAUUUUUUUUCAUCCAAUCUGCAGGGACUUAAGAACCUGCAGAAAUGUUUCUCUCAUUGAGCAUGACAAUUUUGAUUAUGUUGACUUUUACAAUUUCAAAUUUGUAUAUAAAAACUCAAUUCUUUUGGCCCUUCAUGUGCUUAUUCAUAGAAAGGGGGAAGGGGAAUUCCCAUCUUGUGUUA